AUGCUCGAUAUUUGGUCAUUAGCACGACAGCAAUAUUUAGAAGAAUGUGAAAAACGAACCGUUCGACAACAAGAUGCCAUCAAUUCAUACAUCAAUCUUAUUGGAAGCGAUUUACAAACGAGCGAUACUCGUUUAAUUAUUUGUGGAAGUAGAAAUUGUGGAAAGACAUCGAUGAUAUUUCGAUUUUUGAAUCGAAAUGAAGACACAAAACCAACCAUUGCAUUGGAGUAUACAUACGGACGACGGAAUCGAGGUAAGAUGAAAGAUGUUGGAAAUAUAUGGGAAUUGGGAGGAGGAACAAAUCUUUGUAAUCUUCUACAAAUACCACUUUCCAGCAAUUACAUACAUCAGUGCUCACUGAUAAUUGUUAUCGACUUAACGGCACCUUUCGAUAUGUGGAAUACAUUUUACACCUUACUUGACAAUGCUCGUAUAAUCAUUGAUAAUGAAAUGCAACAAUCUGUUAAAAAGUCAUCUGAUAGUUAUAAAGAUAUGGAAUAUAUUGAUCCUUUACCGAUACCAUUAAUUUUACUCGGUGCAAAAUACGACAAAUUUCAGGAUUUUGAGCCUGAACAACGAAAAAUUAUAUGCAAAUUUCUUCGUUUUAUGGCACAUACGAAUGGAGCUACUCUUGCAAUGUUCAGCAAUAAAAUGGAGAAUUUGAUAAGUAAAACUCGAGUUCUUAUCAGUAGUGUUGUUUUUGGUACUACAGCUUCAAAAACAAUCUGCACUGAUCAUAACAAGCCAUUGUCAGUACCUUGCGGUGCCGAUUCACUAAUGGAUAUUGGAGCACCACCUUUUAUCAAUUCAUCACUAUCACUUAUUGGUGCAACGAAUCCUCGUGAUUUGUGGUAUGAAGCAUAUUUGGAGCACUUUCCAAACAAAGAGAAACAUAAUGAAAGAGAAGAUAAUCCGGCUGAAGAUGGUCAGCAUAAAGAACCGGAAAUUGAUGAGUUAAUUGAACAACGUACCCGGGAACUUGAACAAUAUAUACGACAUAAAAAGGAUCGAGCUGCACUAGAAGGUAGAUCAGAACGAAUUCUUCGUCAAAAUGAAGUUUUUAGAAAUUUAUAG